GGUCGAACAUGACAAAACCCCUCCUCACAUCUCGAUUUCAUAAUCCUCGAUCUCUCGCGCUCUCGUCUCUCUUGCACUCCAUGUUCUCUGCAACCUCUUCACUGGAAUCAUUCUCAGAUCAAGGACAAAGAAACCAACCGAUGUUUAUAUCAGUCUACACCUCCUCUCUCGUGCUCUCUUCUCUCCCUCUCUCUCUCUCCCUGCUGAACUGGAAGUCCUUCAUCGAUUGCUUACCUGAACUAGAGUGAAGCGCCUGACGUGGCUGCGAUCUCUGAUCUCUCUCGCCUGAAGCACCCUCUCCCGAAGCUCGUAAGCAAGCAAGGUCUGGUUUAGUUAGGGUUUGAAUACAUAACCCUAAUCUGAGGGUUCGUUUUUCCUUGGUUCCUAAAUCUCUUACGAAAGAUUAGUUUGGCACGCAAGACGUUCCUGUCCUGUUUCGAUGGAGACACACCAAAAGAGGAGACCAACCAAACAAAGCAAUUAAUGAGGAUGACUAGUCAAACCAUUCUCUGAGUCUUUUGCUUCCUUACGUAUGUCCACGUGGCAUCAAUCACCAUCUAUAAAUACUCAAUCGUGGCAUCCAUCAGUUCCUUAACAAUGGUUGCUGAUAUAGACUGCAGGAACGAGAUAGUGAAUUAAAAGAGGUAAUCACAGAGGAAAAGAUGGCUUCCUUGAGUUCUUUCAUGGGUUGGUUGCUUGGAUGCAUGUUUAUCAUUGCAGCUCUACUUCAGGGAGCGGAUGCUGAGACAACUCACACUGUUGGAGGUAGUAUAGGAUGGACUAUUCCUCCUUCUAACUUCUCAUAUGAAACAUGGGCUGCAUCACAGACGUUCAUGGUUGGCGAUUACCUAUUUUUCAAUUUCACAAGUAAUACUACUAAUGACGACGUGGCAGAGGUCUACUCAAAAGCUGAUUAUGAAUCCUGCAACAAGACGAGCGUCUCUAUUACUUUGGGAUCAUCAUUAAGCACCCUCAUUACUACCGCAGGAGAACACUACUACUUCUCCACCAUUGGCCAAAACUGUGUAAAGAACCAGAAGCUGGCAAUCAAUGCUUCUGGUACUCCCAUCUCCUCACCAUCUCCACCCAGCUCGGCAUCUCUCACUGUUGGCGGCUUCACUCUUCUUCUGCUAUCCACUAUCAUCCCUUUCUUUUAUUAGAAUGUGUUAUACAUUGCCAUAUUUAGAGCAGAUUUUCUCUCUCAGUUUUUCUUUGCAUUUUCUUUAGCCCCUUCCAUGGGCGUACAUAUCACAUUGAAAUUCAAUAUUUAAUAAACCUUUGGUGUGAAUUUUAUUGGGUUUUU